ACUGUUCCAUUUCGACCAAGGUCGUCUGCAACAGAGGCGGGCGUUCUUCGACUAUAGCAGCAUGAUAGUUUAAUUUUAUGUUGGAAAGCCAUGCUAUUAUUACACUUUAAAAACCAGUAAGCUUUUAAAUACCCCAUGGGCAAGAAAUAGUAUAAAUGUCAGUCAUCGGAAAGAAUAUCGAAGAAUCUCUUACCCAUACAAUUCUCAAUGAGAUACCUAAAACAUUGAAUAAGCGCAUCUACCCCGUGAAAUGCCUUUUUAUCCUUCGUUUCCUCAUCACGUUUAAUUUGUGCAUACAUUAAAAUUGGUCUCACCAAAGGCUGUGGUUUUAAAUAUCUGUGGAAAUGCCAGAAGCUGUAUGACAACAACCAUAUGACACAAGUACUUGCUGAGUAAAAUGUACAAACGUGUGACGGCGAAUAUCUUGUACGGGUUGCUUGAAAAGUUGUCUGAAAUGGAUUAUUAUGAUUUGAAGUGAUACUCCUUAUCCAGUAAAGCAAUGAAAAUACACAUUUUGGUUUCAUACCAAUUAUGGUCAGGAUAAGAUGGAAGUUGACAGCAGCUCCAGGCUUAGUUCUGAGGUUCUUGAAAUGGCAUUUGUACAGAUUCCGGGUAGCUGUGAAAUCACUUUUCUACAAUCAUUUUACAGAUCAUUCUUAUAUUGUGGACAUUUGUAUGGAGCCAAUAUUUUCAUUUGUGGACAACUUUGCAAAGAUUUUAGGACCAAUCUGUGUGUUUGUGGUAUGCUCCCUGACAGUGUCAGUGGUCGUGAUUGCCUAUUGUUUGGGGAUACCUCAUUGGUGGGAGAGAAGCCCAGCAGUCACUGUGAUGCUUUUGAUCACUGGCCACUGGCUUUUGGGUAACAUUUGUUUCCACUAUUAUAUGGCAGCAGUUGUUUCACCUGGGUUUCCUCCAGAGGGUGCACUUAUUCCUGAAGCUGCUAGCAUCUGCAAAAAAUGCAUUGCUCCCAAACCACCUAGGACACAUCACUGUUCUGUAUGCAACAGGUGCGUUCUCAAGAUGGAUCAUCACUGCCCAUGGCUGAACAACUGUGUUGGCCAUUUCAACCAUCGGUAUUUCUUUUUAUACAUGGUUUUUACCUGCCUAGGUGUACUGUUUGUCAUUGUAUUUGGCUUUCAGUUAGCUUACUCUGAGAUUUGGCUGGAACCGGAUGAUGGUGAAGAGGAAGAACUUGAAGGACACCCUGUUCGCUUCAACAACUCUGUUUGGAUACCUGUGACAGAAAUGAUGGUUGAAUUAAGCUCCUCACUUGAUGAAGGGAAAGAAGAAAUACAUCCAAAACAUCAAAGAUCAUGGAGGAAGAACUGUAUGUUAUAUAUGGCAUUUGUAAAUGUGGGUGUGCUGAUUGCACUUGGCUCACUAAUGAUGUGGCACGCACGACUAAUAACAAGAGGAGAAACAAGUAUUGAAGCACACAUCAAUAAACAGGAGACAAAGAGGUUAGCUGCACUCAAUAAGGUGUACAGAAAUCCUUACAAUUUUGGUCCACGAAGAAACUGGAGAUACUUCCUGGGGAUGAUAAGAGGCAGAGGGUGGCGACAUGUCCUCCUGCCCUCAAGUCACAAACCAUUAGGUGAUGGAUUGACAUGGCGUUCAGUACACUCAGACUCUGAGCACGAUAGUGAUGAUGAUGGUGAUGAUGGUGAUAAUGGAUUAUCGUAUACCAAAGAUCCAUAAAUUUGAUAAUUUUAAUAAGCUGUUUGGAUACCAAAGAAAAGUGUAUUCUUAACUUUGAAAUGGAACAUUAUCUUUUUUAUUCAGUGAACAAUGACCAAGUGCUAUUUAUAUUUAUUACAAAAUAAAUUGCAAAAAGGAUGUUGUUUUGUACAAUUCAAAUUUUUUAAUCUAUGCACAAUAAAAUGGGAAGUCUUUCAGUAUUUGGUUAUUGUGUAUUCAGAUAAGUGACUCCACAUAAUAAAGGAGCUAAGCAUUGGUGAAUUGACACGAACACACUGUAUAAUUUAUUCAUAUUGAAUAAAGAAUUUUACAGUUUUCAUUUUAA